GCUUUUAUAAAACAAUUUUUAGAACUUUCUCGUGCUUGAUAGCUGAUACUUUACAGCUCUGAUUCAUGCUGAUAUUGUUCUGCAAUGGUGCAGUCCUGAAGUUAUUAUCGGAAAUCUUCUUUUAAUUUUCAGCAAGUUUAUUAGGUCUUUUCCUAUUAGAAAGAAAUUCUGGGAGUUUUGAGUAAGCAACCAAGGCACUAUUUUUGAAUAAGAUUUCUUGUGUAAAUCAUUAUAAAAAUGCCCUUCUAUUAUGUCGAAACCUUGGGUAGGUGAACAGAUUCAUGAUGGUGCUCAUCUAGAGUAAAUAUGCUAUGUCAAAAGCUGAUUUCAAUAAAUUUUAUUGUUCCAAGAUUGGAAUAGAAUUUGGCUUGGUCUUGUCACCCACAACUUGGAGAGUUCCUACUCUAUUUAUUAGCUCUCCUUCCAAGAGUGUAGGUGUUCUUGGGAUAAAUAGGCUGGGUAUAUAAUUUUUGUGUGAAAAUAUGUAAUCGUGUUCUAGACCCUCACUGUUCUAUAGCAGUCGAGGUAUUAGAUAGAACAGCUGAUUGGUGACACUUUUAGACUACUUGAUGUUUAGUCAGAGUUGUUAAUAGUACUAUCGCUUUCAAAUACUUCUCUCUUCAUAAAAUAUUUUAAUCUCCCUCAUUCCUUCCCACAAAAUCUCCAUUUUCCUUAUUUUCUUCCUUACACGACCCCAAUCCUAGCUGGGGACUCGUGUUUUACUUAAGAAAAUUAAAAACGAGCAAUUUCAAUGGAGAAGAGUCUGACUGGUUUUAAAGCCAUUUUGAAAUUUGGGUGAAACAGAGUUUAUUCAAUAGUUGAGCUUUA